CCAAAAUUCAAUUUUUCCCCCUUCGAAUUUUGAAGAACCCUAAACCCUCUCUUCCGAUUUACUGAGAAAGAUUUGAACUUUCACGCCAUUUUUUCAGUAGAAUAGUUUCUCCGACGCAAUUCAUCGCAAUGUUUCUGCAAAUCCGCAAUAAUGCUGUUCACUUCUCCAAGAAUUAUUCCUUACGAACUCGCAACUCCCAUUUUCCUUUCCCUCUUCUUUCUCUUGUCCAAUUUUACUCCAAAUCUAGGGUUGAGAAACAGAGAUCCCCUGCAAUUUUCGAAUUAUUGCUGCACAAGCACAAUUUCUGCCCCGAAGCUGCUUCACAAGUCGCCACGUGUUUAACCCUAACCCGCCUGAAAACCCUCGAGAAAUUCGACUCCACGCUGUCGUUUUUCAAAGAGAGCGGCUUUUCAAACUCCCAGUUGGAGAAAAUGCUGAAGUACAGGCCUACUCUGCUCUCAGCAAAUCCCGACAAGGUAAUCAAGCCCAAGAUCAAACUCUUCCAAGACUUGAAUUUUUCUGCUCAAGACAUAGCUGAGAUAAUCACUAACGAUCCCGAUAUCAUGUACCGUAGUUUGAACAAUCGAGUCGUGCCCUCGUUGCUCGUGUUGAAGGAAUUGCUAGGGUCUAGUUUGGAGGUAGCUAAGGUUUUGAAGAUUUCCGGGUGGUUCUUGAAAUCUGAUAUAGGCAAGACUAUGGCUCCCAAUAUUGAAUUCUUGAAAAAUUGUGGUAUAGCUGUUGAGCAGAUUAGUUGGCUUAUGUAUACUUAUCCGAGGUGUCUCCUUUGUAAGCCGAAAAGUAUGAUUAAGUUUGUUGGUAGGGUCGAUGAAAUGGGAAUUAGUAGGAGUUCGAAAAUGUUCAUUCACGCCAUACGUGUGCUUAGUUCGAUGACGGACGAAACUUGGGAACAGAAAUUGAAGGCUUUUAAGAAUCUAGGUUUUUCCGACGAAGACAUAGUGGAAACUUUUAGAAAGGCGCCUCAGGUUUUUUCUGUAUCGGAAGAAAAGAUGAAGAAGUUGAAGGAGAUUUUGAUUGCGAGUGGGAAAUAUGAUUUUUCGUGUGUUAUUAGUCACCCAACGUCACUUAUUUGCAGCGUUGAGAACAAGUAUAAGCCGAGGCUGCAAGUUUUGGGGGUUUUGGAAAGUCGUAAUCUGAUUAAGGAAUGGCCUAGUUUUCCAGGGCUAUAUAAAAUGCCCGACGAAUCUUUUGUGAAGAAAUACGUUAGACCUUAUUUAAGAGAAGUUGGUGAUCUGCAUAAAGUCGGGAGUUCGUUCUGUGGUAAAAACGGCUUGUGAAAUUCUACAACCGUUGAGGCUUACGCAGUCUGUUCAAAGCACUAAACUGCAGAUUAUUGCUCUCCUUGCUUAAUGUUCACAUGCUUUAUGUAAUUUCUGUUGUAAACGAUACGAGCAGAUAUCGUUGCUCUGAACAUUUUAUGUAAGAUUGUUUGAUCAAAUUUUUAUGUGGUGAAAUUAAUCAAAUCAAGAAAUGUAAAGGAAUAAUUUGAUAUGU